AAUAGGAGAAUCGCAUUGUGUCACCUGCCAAAGGAGAAGAGUUACAUUCUACAACAGCUCAAACUGAAGAUGAUCGUGAUACAGAAAAGGAAAAUCAAGGAUCGGAUAACUUUGAAUAUCAAUAUGAUGUGAAACUAAAAACUGGGAUGCAGACCACUGAUUUAGGCAAUAAUCACGAGAGGGAGAAGAAGAAAAUUGGUGCGCAUAUCCUUAAUUUAAGUGAUGAUGAGAGAGUGAAUAAGAGAAUCAGAAGGUAUGCACCUGUAGAAACAGAACAAAAUGAAUGUAUUGUAUGGGUCCACUUGGAGACAUCAGGGGACCCUAUAAAAUGUCAAUGCUCAAGCAAUAUAAUGAAUUAGCUGCUCCAUUUGCUAACAAGUUCAAAGUUUGGAAGAUAGGCCAGUGUGAAAAAGAUAGAGUGUCGUUGCCAGGUGCUUGUUGCUUAGUCUCCACAAUUAGCACUAGCCUGCUUUCUCUCUUUCUUCAAGCACAAGCAGUUCGCACUAGCCCUUCUUUCAGAAGCAAAAGCAAUUGGCGAUUGGCAGAAUAUGGAGUACAUGUAUCAAGUAGUUUUACUUGGAUUACAAAGUAUUAGUAAUAUGAAAGAGGUACCUGUAUAUGUAUUUUUGUUA